AGUAUACACACACUCACUCCGCUGUAGGGACCUUGCACCGCCGAUACGACUCGGGUUAUACUAUUCAAGAGGCCCUAGGUAAACCUAAGGUAUAACUCGAGUCUUAUCGGGUGCAUUGCAGCUAUUCUUCCUAUUGCUAUCUGAAAUGGCUUUAGACAAAAUUACAAUACUCAAGUUUGUAGGACUUUUAGUCGGACUUUUGGCCAAAUUUACGACGGGUUCGAUUUUUGUAUUUAGUGCAUACCAGGAUGCGAUCAAAUACAAUUUUAACUACACUCAAACUGAAGUGGAGUUGCUCUCCUCCAUGCUGAAUGUCGGCCUCGGUGUGGGCUUCAUUCCGGGCAUGUUCUACGACCGCUUUGGCCCGGCCUUGACCUCCGGCGUAGGCAUCGUGCUCUCCGUGCCCAUUUAUCUGCUGAUCUGGAGCACCGUCAAGUUCACCGAGUUCUACAGCAGCAGGGCGUGGCUCAUGUCGCUGUACUUCUUGAUGGCAGGCUUCGGUUCCGUGUUCACUUACAUGGUCGCCCUGAACACGAACGUGAUCAACUUCUCAGACCGGCACACGGGAAAGAUCAUCGGCCUUCUCAAUGCCUUCUUCGCCGGAAGUCCCUCUGUGUUUGCUACCGUCUUCUACCGGUUCUUCACUUCCGGUGUCUCCACGGAUCCCGCCAACCAGGACUUUGCAGGUUUCAUGCUGUUCUUCGCCGUCAUGUUUGGUGUUGUAAACCUGCUGUGCGUCUUCCUACUGCGCAUCUACGUCAUUAAGGACGUCACAGGCGACAUCCAGAUCACUUACAUGAAAGACUCGAACGGCGUUGUUAUCGAUGAAAUAACACUAGCGGUAAACGGAAGAAAUGAGAUAAACAAAAAUUCAAAUGGUGACAUUUCAAAUCAAACAGAAAAUGACUCAACGCCGAAGACCAUUCGUGAAACGCUCUGCAAUCUCGAUUAUCACAUAUUUUCGUGGGUGUUUGCCUUAGCCUCAAGCGUGGGACUUGUGUACGGUAAUAACAUUACGGUCACUUCUAAAGCAGUCGGCUUCGACUACUACAACGACAAGCUCUUGAUCAUCAUUCCAAUAACGAACGCCAUCGUCAGCGCGUCCAUCGGAGUCAUUUCCGACAAGAUCCAGAAGAAAAUUCCCCGGCCUACUAUUGUGGUCAUUGCGUGCAUUUCUUACGUUAUCGCCCAAGCGCUAGCGGUUGCAUUGGCUGACAAACUUACCGUUUUGGUCAUCGCCACGGCCUUCGUUGGAUUCAGCACGGGAAUAAUGUGGAGCAUAUGUCCGACGAUCAUGAAAGAGAGGUUCUCGGUGGAACACCUCGGCCGCAACUGGGGCAUUGCCAUCAUGCUGGCGGCUGUUGCCGCCUUUGUUUCUCAGCUCGUAUUCGGAGCGCUAUAUGACGCAAGGGUGACAGACGCGAACAACUGCUACGGGAUCACCUGCGUUCAGAGCGGAUAUGGCGUGUCGUUGUCAAUGGCGGUCCUGUCUCUUGUGCUAGGAAUCCUUUUGAUCACUCGUCGACGGUGUUGCCAUGCCAACCGGAUCAGUUAAACAUGACAAUAGCCUGCACAACAGUAGAACUGUUCAAUACACAUAUAAUCUUGGACAGAAUAUUGUAUAACGUUGUGUACUUUCCUUUUCACGAAAAUAUACAAUGUGUUGUUAUCGCAUAAACAUAUGUGUCGUGUUCUGAGACUUUUGGUACUAAUUCGACAAGCGUCAUAAUGAGAAAACUCAUUCGAAAUGACGUCGCUAAACUUGCACUGAAUUUUGUAUAAAUUGCUCAAGGUUUGCUAUGAUUACCAUUUAUCUUAUUUAAGUAAUAUAAAUAUCGGCAAAGACUAGUACGUGACAGAAUUUUCAAGCAAACAAAUAGUUGAUUUUUACCUUUUAAUGUCUAUGAGCUGAGUUUUUACUUCUCUUUUACCAAAGUCGGCCACUGAAAAUUUAGGUAUCGGGUCGUUUCGCCCUAAAACCUGUUCGCCCUAGGUCACUCUGAGUCGUUUCACCCUGGGUCGUUUCGUCCUUGCAAGUGGGUUGUUUCGCCCUUAUUUUAGUUUGAAUUACAAUUAAAGCCGAUAAAUUAACACACCAAUUAUCUUUAAUGGAAUAAAAUGCUUUUUAUUAUCCCCUUAUCCCCUAUUAUCGUUUUUAAAGUUAAAAAAGAAGUAUGAAUUCAGCUUGUGACAAUCUAAAGAUAAAUCCUUUCGAAUUGCUGUAUAUAUAAAAACUAUAAAAAAUACUACCAAAAUAGUUUUAUAACAUAUUUACAACUGAAAACGAAAGUAAAAAUGGCGACCGUGACAUUUUCCAGUUCUUUAUAUAUUUGUUUACAUUAAGUUAAUAAAUGAAGUUCUUAUUUGUUUUAUUAUAAUUGGCUGUGAAAUUCCAUCACUUAAUUAUUUAUAUUCCCCAUCUAAAUCAGGAAAUUCCCCUAUACUCAUUGUCUGUCACUGUAUAAAAGAUAAAGUGCAAUUUAAAUUGCAUGUUGCCAUUGAACAGCAUAAUGACCUCAAUUUGCUUAAUUUCAUGAAAACUGAUUAAAUCUCAUUUUUGUUUUACACAAAAUAACAUUAGACAUGCCAGCUGAAGAUGUCAAGGAAUACUUGACCUUCUUGGGAAGAAGUUGCAUAACCUAUUGUAUACCAAUCCAACAGGAAAUGCCAAGCCUCUCUGCUCAAUGCCUGUGCAAUAAGAGGAAGAAUAAGAUAGCUGUGCAAAAGAACCUAUUCCUGUCUAUUCCACUUGCAGAUGUAGCAAUGCCAACAAAAUGUGAAUAUAAGAAUUAACUGCCUCAAGACCUCACUCAUAUUUAUGGAAUAUGUUUGAAUGUUUAAGACAUUUUACCUAUACUAAUUUUAUUAUGCAGUUUUUUUUAAAUUUUAAUUCCAUUUUAACAUUAUAUGUCAACUUAAAGCAACUGUAUGCAUUUUUAAUUUUUACAAUGGUAACCAUGGUGACCACAAAGUUGUGAUCAUUGCCAUGCAACUAACACUUAACAAUUGAUGAUUCCUGAAUGUACUGUCGUUUAAUAGGUUUAAAAUAGCCAUGUGUAAAUUAAUUGUACAAUUAAAUGAACAUUGAAACAAUCUGAGAACAUAAUGUUUGUCUAUGUAUGUACUUAAUUAAAUGGGAUCUGUUUUAAUUCUUUAGAGAUGUAUAUAAUACUUAAUUUACAAUUAAAUCUGAAUUGCAAAGAGAUUUAAAAAUGCAAUUUGUAAUUACAUUUUUUUACAAUGUUAAAUAAACAUAAUAUUUAAUGUUCACGUCUUUUAAAUACAUUAUUUUAUUUUCACCUCUUUCAAAUAAAUAAUGUUGUGUGUAGAUCUUGGAUUCCAUGGUUACAGAACAAUUAAAACAUUGAGAUUCUUUGUAAACAAUCAUUGAUGAUUUUUGGAAAACAGUAGAUUCAAAUUUUGAAAUACAUGUAUAAUGAUACAGUUUGUAAGACAUAUUUUGCAGUGUCAUUUAAUUUGUUAUAAUUUACUAGUUGUAGAUAAUCUUAUCCGAUCCAAAUGUACUGCAAACGAAUUUAGCGCAGAUAACCACAAGAGUCUAUAUCUAUUGAGAUAGACACUAUGACUUUGUAUCUGCAUUAGGUAUAGGUAAUGUUUUUUUCAAUAUAUCAUUUAUUAAACAAACAACAGUUAAAAAGUGCAUUUCAUACACAACAUUUCAAAAGUUUGAAUUAGUUAAGGUGUUUCCAUGGUAACCAAACGACAUUUUAUAAUGUUUAUCAUGUUUUCUAAUUCUUGAGAAGUAUUAAGUAUAUCAUAUUAUAAAACCACAUGUUACUGAUUUAUUCAUGCACUUGAAGGCUUAUUAAAAAUGUAUUAACAUAAUUUAUUGACAUGAAAAUAAAUCAAGAAAUGUUGUAA